AUGCAGCAGAAUACAUUUUCAUAGAAAAAUAUAAAACACACAAAAAAUACUAAAAAUCAUCAUUAUUAUGCUUACAUGCCUCAAAAAGAAACCCUUAAUUUUGAAGAUUAAGAAAAAAUUAAUGUAUUAAAUGAGUCUGCCAUGUCAUCAAAGACUAUUUCAAAUAAUAGCUAAAAUCUUUAGAUAAAUGAUGGAUAUUAUAAGAAACCUUCAGUUAUUUUUAGAGAACUAAGAAGUAUUUCAAACUAGAGUCAAAACAAUUAAAUCAAUGACAUUUCUUAAGGUUUUAUAUUUCGAAUAAAAUCAAAGAAUCAUAUUUAGAAUGAGCCUAUUAUAGUAGAAAAUUUUGAGUAAAAAGAAAAAGAUCGAAAAGGCAAAGAUUUAGCUAAAAUUUUAAGGGUUAUGAAUAAAAAGCGACAAGAAUAUACUUAGAAAGAAUAAUUUAAACCAACACCUCUUAUUCAACUAUUAAAAAAUAAAAAUUAUAAAACAUAAGAAGAUCAAUCAAUAGAAAAAAGCCCUAAUUAAGUUAAAAAGUUGCCAAAAAUAUAUAAAAAGUAAACUCCAGUAAUUAUAGAGGUGUUAGAACAAUAUGAACCUUUAAGCAAAUCAAGUAGAAUAUAAGGAAAUGGUAUAGGAGAAGACCCUUUUUAAGUAAAACUUGUGAAAUAUUACUAAUUUCUCUUCAAAUUCUAAUGUGACCAUUUAUUUUAUGUGAAAUAAUCAUAGGUGAGAUGUCAAAGUUAUUAUAUUGAGUAAAUUAAUGAAAAUGAAAUUAUUGUGAAAGAAUUAAUGAGAAAAAGAUGGUGGUGGUAUGAAUCUAUAGAAAAAACUGAUGAUGUAUAAUUUUAUUGGUCUUAAAGAUCAAAUUCAUAAUACUUAUAAAGAUAAAAGAUAAGGGUCUUAUUUGAUCAAAGUUUUAAUAAAGUGGUAGAUCCUUUUAAUUAAGAAAAUUAUGAAGAAUAAAUAAAAUUUGCAAUAGAACACAAAUUAGUUCUAAUUCAACCAAAUGGAAGAUUGCAUAAUCAUAUAGAAAUUAAUUAAUUAAUAGGAUAUAAGAAAAAUUUUAUAAAAUUCUUAUAAUCAUAUGCAUAAUUGUUAAAUUAAGAUCCAUUUUAAAAUUUUCCUUAUUCUAUUAAUAUAAUAAGUGAAAAUGAUCCAAAAUUAAAUGUAUUUUAGAUAUAACAUAAAAAUUAAAAUACUUUAUGGAUAGUAAAACCUGGAGAAUGGGUAAAUAAUGGAUAAUUUAUGAAGUUAUGUGAAAAUGAAAAGUAGGUUUAAGAAUUUAUAAUGAAUGAAUUCAAAAAUUAGGAUCAUAAUUUUGAAACUUUAGUGAUUUAGUAAUAUAUAAAACCAUUAUUGUAUUAUAAAAGGAAAUUUGAUUUAUAUACAUAUAUGUUGAUAAGUUAGAUAAAUGGUGUUGUGAGAGUUUAUUUUUAUGAUGAGGUAUAUGGAAGAACUAGUAGUAAAGAAUAUAAAGAAAAUGAUUUAGAUCCUCUAAUACAUUUUACAAAUAGUGAGAUAUAAAAGGAAUUCAAAGGAUUUUCUCUUUAUGAGGCAGGAAAUAAAUUGUCAAUCGACAAAUUACAAGAGUUUUUUGUUUAGUAUAAAAUAAAUUUUAAAUAAAAUAUGAUUCCUUAAUUAAAAAUGAUAGCAACUUAAGCUAUAAAAUCAGUGUUUACAAAUUUAGUAGUAAAAGAUCAUAACUUUGAAGUAAUAAUAAAUAGUUAUAAAGAUUAUAGGUUUGAAUUAUAUAAUUGAUUAAUAAUUGAAACCUUGGUUAGUAGAAUUGAAUUUGAAUCCUAGUUUUAGUGCUGAUAGUUAAUAUCAUCAAAAAGUAAUAACUCAAAUGUUAGAUAAUGCAUUGCAUUUAACUAUAGAUUUGAUAUAUCCACCACCAUAAAUAUGGCCAAU